AUGUCUAUCAAGCAUGCGACCAAGACCAAGCGGGCGCCAUCGCAUCUCCUGGCGCCUAUCAUUCGACUUCGCAGGCACGAGGUGCUCGACAUUUUGCUUCCGACCCUUCGAGAACAUCAUAUUCCCGUGCCUGGGUCGGCGGUCAAAGAAGCGAUCGCCUUGCCUCUUCCACUAGCGACCAUCUACCUCGACAGGCUGUUCGCGCUGGAAUGGGACGUGAACACGGCUCUGAGUAAUACCGAACCGCCUGUUCUAAGCAUUGCCCUCGCGGAUAUCAUGCUUGUAUGCUGGCUUCUUCGGAGAGGAGCUGACCCAAAUACUCCCUGCGACAUCGACUGCACACCACUCUCUAUUGCUGUCCGCGAAGCUCCGGUGCCAGUCGUAGAGCUACUGCUCCACCACGCCCAAGAUAGCCACAAUGGUCAUCUCGUCUUCCAUACGGUCCAUCGCCCGGAUCCAAAGGAGUGCACGAGUUUAACCCGCACGUUGCACCGAUACAACAAGCCCAUCGACGAUAUCCUCUACCAAGACGCGAGAUCGUACAACUUACGAGCUCACUUCGUACGCGGGACCCCGUUGUACUAUGCUUGCAAGAACGGGAAACCUUCCGUUGCCCUGACGCUGAUUGAACUUGGCGCUGAUCCAGACAAGCCCUGCAUGAGAUACAAUCAAGCUGUCGGGCCAACUCCUCGCGAGGUCGCCGCUACGAAUGGAUGGUCCCGGGAGCUGAUGGAGCGGUUGAAGUAA